GAUAAUUCCUCUUGAUUUAUUGUUCCACAUCCUUCCCCACAUAUCCAUCAAUGCAAUACAGUCAACACAGUCAGAUAUAUGCAACGCAAUACGCCAUCCGACAUGUCAGCCCAACGUCUUGAUGAGAGUGUAUCACAUCUCCCCAAGGGAGAUGAUGUCCGUGAGCAGAUCCAGGCGGUGGAGCAGCCAUACUCUGUCUUCACUCGGCGCGAGUCAAAAUGGAUCGUCGCUGCAGUGACUGCCAUUGCAUCAUUUUCUCCUCUCGCCAGCAAUGUUUACUAUCCCGCUUUGAACACCCUCGCUGCUGAUCUCGAUGUAUCGUUGACUUUGAUGAACCUCACCCGACCUCGUACAUGAUCAUCCAAGUUAUCGCACCGACGAUCAUCGCAACAUUCUCCGAUACAUCCGGCCGACGACCCGCAUACUUCAUCUGCUUCGUGGUAUUCAUCGCCGCCAAUAUCGGCCUGGCGCUACAAAGUAACUACGUCGCGCUGAUACUCCUCCGUUGCCUGCAGAGCGCGGGUAGCUCGGCGACAGGGGCGCUGGCGAAUGCGGUGGUCGCAGACAUUGUGACUCCGGCUGAAAGAGGGAGUUACAUUGGAUAUUCGUUUUCUGGUGCAUUUGUCGGCCAAUCAAUUGGCCCCGUCAUCGGGGGAAUCCUCGCAUACGCCGCCAGCUGGCGGUGGAUUUUCUGUUUCUUGGCUAUUUUUUCCGGUGUCUUCUUUACCGUGUUUGCUUUAUUUAUCCCUGAGACAUGUAGGAAGAUUCUGGGGAACGGAUCGUUUGCUCCACCUGGGUCUAGGAUCUUCCUACACCCCGUCUUUUCUUCCUCCAGGGCUGAGCCCACUCCCCCCCCACCCGCUGAAGAGAAUGCAAGAGAUGGCCGGGGAAUCAAACUUUCCACUCUACUCCUCUCCCUCAAACUCUGCUUCUCAAGAGAAACAGGAGCAAUUCUCCUCUACAGCAGUCUUAUCUUCGCCAGCCUCGCAACCGUCGCCGCGGCUCUCCCCUCGCAAUUAUCCGCGAAGUUCCAAUUCAACGACCUCCAAAUCGGCCUUUGCUGCAUCUCCACAGGAGUGGGAAGCUGCGUCGCAGCAGCGGGAAUGGGCAAGCUCCUCAGCUUCAACUACCACCGACUUGCACGACAACGAGGAAUAACCCUCACCACGGACAAUCAUCCCACCGACCUGAACGGGUUUCCCAUCGAAUCCGCACGACUCCAAGUCGCAUUACCCGUGCUUUACUCCAAUUGUGCCUUUCCGGUUGGUUACGGAUGGAUCCUGCAAAAGGCACAUAAUCUGGGAGCGACGUUGACGUUUCUCUUUUUUCUGGGCCUGACGGCCACGGCAACGUUUAGCGCGCUUAGCACCCUUUUCAUUGACCUUCUGCCUGAUAAGCCAGGGGCAGCAGGCGCGGCUAAUAAUCUGGUUAGAUGCUUGCUUGGGGCCGCAAGUGCGGCGUUUAUCAUACCGCUCAUUGGGGCGACGGGGGCUGGGUGGGCGUAUACGAUCAUCGCUGGCAUUUUGGCGGUGCUUAGUCCGGUUGUCUGGGUUGUGUUAGUGUAUGGGGAGGGGUGGAGGAGGAGAGGUACUGAAGACGUAGUUGAAGUAUAGUGUGUUGUAGAUAUAUAGACGUUCCUGGCUUUUUGUUAGAGUGUACCCAUCCACUCAUACAGAUAUCCCUUCCGCGGGUAUCGUUCUUAUUUGCCUCUGCCUUCUUUCCCCCAAGCCCGUCCAUAACCUGACCCUAACUAGUCCCGUUGAAUGUCAGCAACGAAACUCAAUGAUUCUACACGC